AUGUGGACUGUUCAAGUGCCACUACCCGGGGCACCAUCAAUCAUUGCUGCAGCCAAAGCUAUCCCAAACUCCUUGAGUGCCGAAGCUCUCUUCAAAAUGAGUGACAAAAUCCUCACAGGUUUAUCGCAGCAUGGGCUUUACAUUGCCUCGUAUGCUUGUGAUGGCACAGAGACGGAGCGCAAACUCCAGCAUCUCAUAGUUGCGCGUUCUCCAUUUCGUGUCACAUACAUGAUCCCUCAUCCUUGUCCCUUAUCCGCUUUCGAUCCUUUGGAAGUCACACUUCCCACCUACAACAACCGGCCUCUCGUCAUGAUCCAAGACCCAAAGCACGCACUGAAGACCAUGCGGAACAACAACUGCGCUGGUGCGAGGUUGUUGGUCCUUGGAAACUCUGUCGCUUCGUAUUCUGACGCUUGCAUUCUUUUAUUUGGGCCUGGAAUACCGCCACUAUACCAUCGUGAUGUCGAGAACAUGGACCAUCAGGAUGACAAUACAGCCACACAAUUUUUCUCUGCAUCCGCUCUGGAGUACUUGGUUCAAGAGUUCCCAGAUCGAGCUGGGCAGAUUGUGUAUCUCUUCAUCUUUGGUGAGCUUGUUGAUACAUACCAAAACCAGAAAAUUGACCAUAUUAGUCGCAUCAAGAUGGUUCUGCGAGCUCGCUACUUUGUAGAUCUCUGGGCAUGCUUCCUUGACAAGGCUAAAUACCCUAAAGCAAACGAGCUGUGCAAACACGUCUUUGCCAAAGCUCGCAAGCUCGUCAAAGAUUUCACAUUCCUCGACUUACUCUAUAUGAUGCCUCGACUGCAUGUUAGUAUCCAUGCCGCAGUACUUUUAGGCCGCUCCAGUGAUCCUAAAGCUCACACAGCUGGCUAUGCCCAUACAUAUUUUGAUUCUCAUGGAGCUGAUCUCGGACUGUUGUCAGCAUUCCUGACUGACACAGAGAUUCAGGCAGCAGCUCAAGAUGCUUGGGCCAAAGCUGAAAAUCUUUUCAGCAUUCUAGGGAUUUCACCCUCGGACCUACUCUCACAGCUUCCUACUCAUCUCAUUCUACCCAGUGUCAAAUCUUGGUUUCACCCAGAGACUUCAAAGCAUGAUGAAGAAUCCGAAGAGGAGCCAGGCGGAUGGUGUACUGAUCACGACCACGAUGAUGAUGACGAAGCCAAAGAUCUGAAGCACCUUCUUAGGGUCAAUAAAACAGCUGUUGGUCACACACACGAGGUUGAUGAAUGCAUGUUCAACCUAUCAUUGGCAGCCAUCACAGCGGAUGUCAACAACCUCUACAAAGCGCAGAAACUCACUGUCGAGCCCUCACUCAAGGAACAGGAGAGAGACAUACAGGAAGAUAUAGCUGCAAUCUCCCAUGUCAUGGCUGCUGCUUGGCUUCCUGCCCUGUCUAAUCUGCCACCGGAGCCUCAACAUAUCUUCGACAUGCAUUUGACAUCAGCCAUCAAGCUCAACUUGGCAGCUCUUGUGAAAGUCUGGAAAGCACACGAGACACAGCGCGCUGCUAAUGGCGUUCGUAAAUCACUGCAGGAUGUUCAGUCAGCUCCGUUGAAAAAGACCACUAAUUAUUAUGAAACGUCUGGCUUACGUUUACUUACUUUCUCACCAUCUUGA